AUGGGAUAAACAUAGACAAGUGUAGUUAUUAAAUAAAAUGCUCUCUAUUUAACUUAAAAAAAUACAAACAGGAGAUUAAUCAAUAAAGCUACGGAAAUUAAUAAAUGUUUAAGUUUAACAUUAAUGCUUGAUUAAUUAUCAUUUGAGUCUAGUACUUUGAGUAAUAAAGUAUCAACUAUUACAAUAAAUCCAUUAUCUUAUGAACCUUUUGUAUUAGAAUUACUUAAAAAAGAAAAUAUAUUCCUUGCAUAAUCCUAGAUUAUUUAUUAAUAUGAAGUUAUUAGAAAUGAACAUCAUUAAAAUUUAUUAUUUAACAUUUCUCCUGAAGUUAAAAUCAAGAGAAAAGAUAAUUUAAAUUAACAGGCUUAUAAUGAAUAAACAUUAACAAUUGAUGAUUAUGAUAUUGCCAAUAAAUUAGAAUCAAAUUAAAUAAAAAAAAUAAAACCACUUCAAUUAGAUAUUUUCAAUAUAAACCUAGAUUAAUAAAAAGAGGUUUCCUUUUAAUCCUAAAGGUAACUUUAAAAUUAAUUUGAAAUAUAAAAUGCAUAUGUAUAAUAAAAACAAAAAACUGAAAAUUUUUCUGAUGAUGAAAUUCAAGAAAAUAAUUCACUAUCUAUUAGUUAAAAUUUUGCAGAAUUUUAAAAAAACCAAGGUUAUAUUGAUGAAAAAUCAUAUUUGUAAAAUAACAAAUUUUGGUCCUCUGAUCAUUCUUCAACAUUUAUUGAUUUUCAAAUAAUUAAUCAAAACAUAAGCUCUUAAUAUAAUAAUCAAUAUUAAUAAUAAAUAGAUACUCCAGAAUCUGAUUAAAAGUUAUAAUAAGUAAAAUAAAUAUAAUAAUAAAAUCCAAAUUAACGAAUAACAAAUUAAUAAUCUUUUGGAACUAUUAAGACAUUAAAUUAUAACUAAUAGCCUUAGAUAUCUCACUUAACUACAUCUCCUUCAGUUUUUUCAUAAAAUAAAUUAUUAAAACAACAAUAAAUUUAAAAUAACCAAUUCCUUUAACAAUUUCCUCUUGAAUAAAAUUAAAAUUUAGGAUAUACUCAAUUAUAUUCAAAUAAAAAAUUGAAUUCUGCAAAUCAAUAAAUUAAUACAAUGACUCCAAUUCAUUAAUCAUAAAAUAAUAAUAUUGUCUAAUCUAAUUAAUUUCCUGUAUCUUAAUAGAUUAAAUAAUAAUAAUAGAUCAAAUAAUCUAAUUUUAAUCAUUCAGCUUCACCAUAAGCUUAAAUGUAAUUAUAAUAAGGAUAACAAAAAGAAUCAAUGAGAUAAUAAUUUGAUAGAUUAUUAAGAGAGAACAAAGAAUAAAAAUUAUAAUAAAAAUCUCUCAAAAACGAUAAUUUAUAAAAUGUAAAAUCUUCAAGAAAACCAGAAAAUAAUAAAAAUUAAAACUAAAAUGUUAAAAAAUAAAUUAUACAUAGUCCUACAAAUGAUAAAAUUCCAAAAAAAUAAAAGAUGAUCAACAGUUAAUCCCCAUUACAAAAUAAACUUUAUUAAUAAUAAGCUUUCAUUAAUAAUGGAAUUGGCUAUGUAGAAAUGAAUAAUAUAAAAAAGAAAUAUCAUAGAUCUCCUGAGUAACCCUUUUAAAAUUUAAAGGAUUAGAAAUAAAUUUAACAUAAAAUUUAAGAGAAAUAAAAGAAUAAUUUAAAUUAAUUAAACUUGAAAAUUUAAAACUUACCUAUUUUUAAUUAAUGUCUCGAAGAAAAAAGUGAAAGAUUAAAAGGUUAAAAAAAAUAAGAUGUUUCUAAUUUAUAAACAGCUAUGACUUAAAAUAUUUCUCCCUCUGAGAGAGAAGUAAAAAAUAGACCAAUAAUUAAAGAUGGAAUCAAUUUAAAUGAUCAUUCUGAAGAUGAAUAAAGCUCUAUCAAUUUGGAAGAACUAGCAAGCUAUCGUGAGAGUUAAAAAUUAAAUUUAAGGAAACUUUCUGAUUGA